AUGGCUGAGGGCAGCUGGCCUCUGGAGUUCAAGUGGAUCCACAACAGCACUGAGCUGACACGCUUCUCUCUGGAGUACAGGUACCUGAUCCCAUCUCUGGACCGCUCCCAUGCGGGCUUCUAUCGCUGUAUUGUCCGGAAUCGCGUGGGAGCACUGCUGCAGCGCCGCACUGAAGUGCAGGUGGCUUUCAUGGGCAGUUUUGAGGAGGGUGAGCGCGACCAGGCCAUCUCGCAGGGAGAAGGCGCAGUCAUCCCGGCGCCUCGCAUCCGCAGCUUCCCGCAACCGCAAGUCACGUGGUACCGGGACGGUCGCAAAAUCCCGCCCAGCAGUCGCAUCGCAAUCACACUGGACAACACGUUGGUCAUCCUUUCAACAGUGGCACCAGACGCCGGCCGCUACUACGUUCAGGCAGUCAAUGAUAAAAAUGGCGAGAACAAGACCAGCCAGCCCAUCACCCUUUCAGUUGAGAAUGUCGGAGGCCCGGCAGACCCUAUCGCACCCACCAUCAUCAUCCCGCCUCGGAACACCAGUGUUGUCUCGGGAACGUCUGAGGUCACCAUGGAAUGUGUAGCCAAUGCCAGGCCUCUCAUCAAGCUAAGCAUCACCUGGCGGAAGAAUGGCGUGGCAGUGAGCAGCGGCCUGAGCGAUUUCAACCGCCGGCUCACCAUUCUUAGCCCCCUGGUGGCCGAUGCCGGAUUUUACGAGUGUGAAGCCGUGCUUCGUAGCAGCAGUGUGCCAUCCGUCAGUGCUGGCGCAUACCUGCAUGUGCUCGAGCCGCCGCAGUUCAUCAAAGAGCCAGAGAAGCACAUAACCGCAGAAAUGGAGAAGGUGGUGGACAUUCCCUGUCAAGCACGAGGUGUACCUCAGCCGGACAUCGUGUGGUACAAGGACGCCACACCCAUCGACCCCGUUAAAACGCCACGAUACCGUGUGCUGAUGGGCGGCAGUCUCCAGGUCAACGGCCUCCUACCUGACGACACCGGCAUGUUCCAGUGCUUCGCUCGUAACGCGGCUGGCGAAGUCCAGACCAACACAUACCUAGCCGUCACCAGUAUCGCUCCUAAUAUCACCGCCGGACCAUCGGACAGCACCGUGAUCGACGGGAUGUCCAUCAUCCUUCACUGUGAGACUUCUGGCGCUCCGAGACCAGCUAUCACCUGGCAGAAAGGCGAGCGUGUCCUGGCAAGCGGUUCAGUGCAGCUGCCCCGCUUCACCCUACUGGAGUCCGGCAGCCUGCUCAUUUCGCCCUCGCACAUUUCCGAUGCUGGCACUUACACCUGCAUGGCCAGCAACUCCCGUGGCAUCGACGAGGCGUCCGCCGACCUCGUGGUCUGGGCUCGAACCCGGAUCACGACGCCCCCGCAGGACCAGAGCAUCAUCAAAGGCACCAAGGCCGCGCUGACCUGCGGUGUCACGCACGAUCCCAGCGUGAAUGUCAGACACGUAUGGGAAAAAGAGGGAGUGGCCAUCAACGUGCAAUCUAUUCCACGUAUGCAGCAAGACGCCGACGGCACCCUGCACAUCUCGCAGACGUGGUCGGGCGACAUCGGCACGUACACAUGCCGCGUCACCUCGGUGGGCGGCAACGAUUCCCGCAGCGCUCACCUCCGGGUCAGGCAGCUGCCUCACGCGCCUGAGAACCCCGUGGCUGUGCUGAGCUCCUCCGAGAGGCGAGCCAUCGACCUGACCUGGGCAAAAGCCUUCGACGGCAACAGCCCACUUAUGCGCUACAUCCUGGAGGUGUCUGAGAACAAUGCUCCCUGGGCCACCCUGCUGGCCAGCAUCGACCCCGAGUCGUCGGCGGUGACGGUCAGCGGCCUGAUCCCGGCGCGCUCCUACCAGUUCCGCUUGUGCGCCGUCAAUGACGUGGGCAAAGGCCAGUUCAGCAAGGAGACGGAGCGUGUGUCGCUGCCAGAGGAGCCUCCAAGUGCCCCUCCACAGAACGUCAUCGCUAGCGGCCGCACCAACCAGUCCAUCAUGAUCCAGUGGCAGCCGCCACCCGAGAGCCACCAGAACGGCAUCCUGCGAGGCUACACUGUCCGGUACCGUCUGACGGGCCUUCCGGUGGAUUAUCAAAUCAAGAACAUCUCUAGCCCAGACGUAACCACACUUCUCCUUGAGGAGCUCAUCAUUUGGACCAACUACGAGAUCGAGGUGGCCGCCUACAAUGGGGCGGGCCUGGGAGCUUUCAGCCAUAAGGUUACCGAGUGGACCCUACAGGGAGUGCCGACCAUCGCCCCGGGCAACGUGCAAGCCGAGGCCGUCAACUCCACGGCCAUCCGCUUUACAUGGACGGCACCCAACCCGCAGUUCAUCAACGGCAUCAACCAAGGCUACAAGUUACUCGCGUGGGAGCCAGGCAAAGAGCGCGAAGCGAUGACCGUGUUGGCGCGUCCCAACUUCCAGGACGGCGUUCACGUCGGCUUUGUGACGGGACUAAAGAAGUUCAGUGACUACUUCACCUCGGCGCUGUGCUUCACCACACCAGGCGAUGGACCUCGUAGCCCCCCGAAGCUCCUGAGGACGCACGAAAGCACACCGGGCGCCGUUGGCCACCUGAGCUUCACAGAGAUUCUUGACACAUCACUCAAAGUCAGUUGGAGUGAACCUAGUGAGAAGAACGGUAUUCUCACAGGCUACCGCAUCUCAUGGGAGGAGUUCAACCGCACCAACACACGAGUCACUCACUACCUGCCUAGUGUCACACUUGAGUACCGUGUCACCGGACUCACUGCGCUCACUACCUAUACCAUCGAGGUGGCCGCCAUGACAUCCAAGGGACAAGGCCUGCUGUCGUCCUCCACUAUUUCGUCAGGCGUUCCGCCAGAGCUCCCUGGCCCUCCGACUAACAUCGCCAUCUCCAACAUCGGUCCACGCUCCGUCACCCUUCUUUUCAAGCCAGGGUAUGAUGGCAAAACCUCCAUCUCCCGCUGGCAGGUGGAGGCCCAGGUGGGUGCUGUGGGAGACAAUGAGGAUUGGUUGAUGGUCCACCAGGUGUCCAAUUUACCCGAUGCUCGCUCCUUGGAAGUUCCGGGACUCAAUCCGUACACCUACUACAGGUUUCGUAUGCGUCAGGUGAACAUCGUGGGCAGCAGCCCACCUAGUCAACCCUCCAGGAAAAUCCAAACACUUCCUGCCCCUCCGGACAUCGCCCCUGUCAAUGUCACAUUGCGCACCGCCAGCGAGACGAGCCUCUGGUUGAGAUGGAUGCCUCUGCCUGAGUGGGAGUAUAACGGUAAUGCGGAACAGGUGGGCUACAGAGUGCAGUACUCGAAAGCAGGCUCUUCAGGUCGCCCGCUCAUCCAAGCCAUAUCCGACCGCCUUGAGCGAGAGUUCACGAUUGAGGACCUGGAGGAGUGGACCGAGUACGAGGUGAGGGUGCAGGCCCUCAAUGGCAUCGGGCUUGGACCUUGGAGCCAGCCAAUCAGAGGCCGAACCAGAGAAUCAGUGCCGUCCUGCGGGCCCACCAAUGUUUCCGCCUUCGCCACUACCUCCAGCAGUGUCCUGGUGCGCUGGUCCGAAGUACCCGAGCCGGACCGUAAUGGACUCAUUUUGGGUUACAAGGUGGUGUACAAAGAGAAAGACUCAGACAGCGGCACCCGUUUCUGGAUGGUGGAGGGCAACGCUACCCACAGUGUCCAGUUGACUGGUCUGGGAAAAUACGUCCUGUAUGAGAUCAAAGUGCUGGCAUUCACCCGCGUUGGAGAUGGGCGUCCCAGCUCGCCAGCUAUCUUUGAGAGGACCCUGGAUGACGUGCCAGGACCACCGAUGGGCAUCCUAUUCCCGGAGGUGCGCACUACUUCAGUACGACUCAUUUGGCAGUCCCCCUCGCAGCCCAACGGAAUCAUACUGGCUUACCAGAUCACAUACCAUCUCAACUCCUCCAAUGGCAACAGCGCCACAGUUGACGUGCUCAACCCCAGCGCCCGACAGUACACCGUCACUGGCCUUAAACCCGAGUGUGUCUACGUAUUCCGCAUCACGGCGCAGACGCGCAAAGGCUGGGGCCGGGCUGCCGAGGCGUUAGUGGUCACCACCGAAAAGCGAGCUCGCCCGCAGCCCACCAGCCGGCCCGCCGUGCCCCAGAAAGAUGUGCGCGCCCGACGCGUUCUCUUGUCUUGGGAGCCCGGCAGCGAUGGUCUCUCACCUGUGCGCUACUACACGGUUCAGCUACGCCAGCUCCCUGACAACAACUGGACCGUGCACUCGGCGUCUGUCAACCACGACGCCACCUCUUACAUUGUGUCACGGUUGAAGCCAUUCACGUCCUAUCAGUUCAGAGUGAAAGCCACCAAUGAUAUCGGAGACAGCGAGUACAGCGAAGAGAGCGAUGCUAUCACUACUCUGCAGGAUGCGCCAGACGAAGCACCUGUUAUCUUCUCGGUCACACCCCACACGACCACAUCAGUGCUGAUUCGCUGGAAGCCUCCUGCCGAGGAGAGGAUCAAUGGCAUCCUGCUGGGCUUCCGCAUCCGCUACCGGGAGUUGCUGUAUGACCGACUCAGGGGUUACUCCCUCCACGCCAUCAACAGCAUGUCGGCAUGGGCCGAGCUCACCGCCCCAUACAGCAUCCGCAAUCUGAGUGACGCCACUCUUACGGAGUACGAGCUAGACAAGCUGAGCAAGCACAAGCGCUAUGAGAUUCGCAUGAGCGUGUACAAUGCCGUGGGCGAGGGGCCCACCAGCCCACCCCAGGAGGUGUUUGUUGGAGAAGCAGUUCCCACGGCGCCCCCUCAGAACGUGGUUGUUCAGUCUUCUACUGCCACCCAGCUGGACGUCACAUGGGACCCGCCGCCAAUCAGUGCGCAAAAUGGCGACAUCCAAGGCUACAAGGUCUACUUUUGGGAGUCCCAUCGCAAGAACGAAACGGAGCGUCUGAGGACUCUGUUCAUGCCCGAGGGAGGCGUAAAGCUGAAGAACCUUACCGGCUACACCAGCUACAUGAUCAGUGUGGCCCCAUUCAACGCCGCUGGUGAUGGACCGCGCAGCCCCGCCAUCAGGGGGCGCACUCAGCAAGCAGCCCCCAGUGCUCCUAGCUUCAUCCACUUCAGUGAGCUCACUACUUCCUCGGUCAACGUGUCGUGGGGAGAGCCUGCUCUACCCAACGGUAUCAUCGAGGGCUACCGUCUGGUCUACGAGCCCUGCACACCCGUAGAUGGGGUCAGUCGAACCGUAAUGGUGGACGUGAAGGGAGGCGGCCCCCUCUGGUUAAAACUCAAAGACCUGGCCGACGGCGUCACCUACAACUUCCGCAUCCGUGCCAGGACAUUCGUGUAUGGGCCUGAGGUGGAGGCUAACAUCACCACUGGCCCUGGGGAAGGAGCCCCUGGACCCCCAGGGGACCCUUUUAUCACUCGCUAUGGCUCAGCUCUGACCAUCCACUGGACCAGCGGUGACCCGGGACGUGCUCCCAUUACGCGCUAUGUCAUUGAAGCCAGACCUUCUGAUGAAGGCCUGUGGGACAUUCUCAUCAAGGACAUCCCCAAAGAAGUGACAUCACACACGUUUAACAUGGACAUGCUGAAGCAGGGUGUGAGCUACGACUUCAGGGUCAUUGGCGUCAAUGACUAUGGCUAUGGCUCGCCUAGCCUGCCCACUCCCUCCAUAUCUGCCCAAAAAGUUGCCCCAUUCUACGAGGAGUGGUGGUUCCUGGUGGUUGUGGCCCUCGUGGGACUCAUUUUCAUCCUUCUGCUCGUCUUCAUCCUCAUCAUCCGAGGACAAAGCAAGAAGUAUGCAAAGAAGUCCGAAUCAGGUAACAACGCCAACUGCAACGCGCUGACACACGGCGACAUGGUGAGCCUGGACGAGGGCCGCUUCCCAGCCUUGGAGCUCAACAACCGCCGGCUGUCCGUUAAAAACUCCUUCUGCCGGAAGAACGGCGUCUACACCAGGUCCCCGCCAAGGCCAAGUCCAGGUAGUCUCAACUACUCGGAUGAGGACGUGAGCACAAAGUACAAUGAUUUGAUCCCCGUGGAGAGCAGCAGUUUGACCGAGAAACCCUCCGAAAUCUCUGACUCGCAGGGAAGCGACAGCGAGUACGAGGUGGACGCCAACCGGCAGAAGACGCACUCUUUCGUCAAUCACUACAUCAGCGACCCCACCUACUACAACUCGUGGCGCCGCCAGCAGAAGGGCAUCUCUCGGGCGCAGGCUUACAGCUACGCCGAGUCUGAGCCCGGCGAACCGGAACACUGCGCCUCCCCACCCCAGUUGCCCCCUCUACCACCUUUGCCGCCACAGCUCAGCUCACCCAGCCCCCAGCAGCAGCAGCAGCCCCAACCCCAGCAGCAGCAGGCACAGGGACAACCGCCCGGCCAGGGCAGCUUGUUCAGGCCCAAAGGCAGCCGGACUCCCACCCCGUCCCAGCAAAGCGUCAACACCCCCGGCCAGCACGCUGCUAUCUACAGGCCUCCCAGCAGCCUGGCCCCAGGCUCACGGGCCCCCAUCGCAGGCUUCUCCUCCUUUGUGUGA